AUGAAGAGAAAAAGAACUAACAAAAGGCAGGGCGCGGGGUUCGGUGUUUUGGAGUCGUUGAAAAGAGAGGAGUUUAAAUUGGACGAGUGGGCUUGUGAGAGAGACACGGAUCUAAUACCAGACAUUCAUUCAACCGACCUACCUCCACCUACUCUCGAUCCACUGGAAAUAUCUCGCCUAUGGCUUCUUACGUGCGACAAGACGCAUAGACCCUGUCACAAGCCUAUUGAUACUUGGCCAACCAGGGUUAUCUUCAUUGGAGAUCAUGAUAAAGAGAAAUUGCAAUUGCGUGAACUUGAUGCCCCUGUUGAAUACAUAGCAUUAUCUCAUUGCUGGGGUCAAGAGACACCCGAGAGGCAAAAGUACCUGACUACAAAUUCCAACUACAAUCAGCGCAAGGAUGCUUUUCGGUAUAACGAACUACCAUCCGUGUUUCAAGAUGCAAUCACAGGAAACACGAAUGAUUGGAACACUGAGGGCAAAAAGAUGGAAGAUAUCUUUGCUCUUGCCUACUGUACCAUUGCAGCGAGUUCAGCGUCAAAUUGGGAAACCAGUUUUCUUGGUCGACUCCCUAACAACAUUCCAACUCAUGCAGUGUCUCCAGGUUCCCAUCCCGAACAUGACUUUUUUCAAGACGUGGAUGAAAGCAACUUGAAUACACGAGCGUGGGUACUGCAGGAACGGAUACUUUCACGUCGGACAUUAUUCUUCACAUCGCGGGGUGUCUACUGGGAGUGCGGAGAAGGUGUUCGCUGCAACAACCUUACUAAGCUGAACUGCCCCAUUUCAAGAUCAUAUUUCAUGGACCCCAAUUUUCCUAAGAGAUUAUACACUUCAGGUGUUACAAGAACAAUACAAUUCAUCCAAGAACUCAUUGAAGACUAUACAAAGCGAGGUCUUACUAUUCCGACAGACAGGGCUGUUGCGUUCUCUGGAUUAGCUGAGCGUAUAAGCAAAGCAUUGGCCACUAAGCAGAAGUAUGGGGUCUUUGAAAUCAUCAUGCAUAGACUUCUUUUAUGGAAGAUACCUGGUUCUAAUGGGGAGCCGAUUGCAUACGAAAAUAACAAACCACAGUCCUGGUCAUGGAUGGCGUGGCACGGGAGAGUAGAGUUCAUAACAACUUCACCACUCAGGGUUCCUAAAUAUCUGAGAUUUAGCAAGGAUUAUUUGAAUGUCGAGGUCCGAACAUUUGAGAAUUGUGAGAAGCGACAAGUGACAGGACAUUAUACUAUCAUUGCAGGCCAAGCAGAAGUGGGUUCAUUAUUUUUCGACACAAAUAAGACCCCACUCAGAUAUUGUGUUGUGAUAGGGAUGGAUUUCAACGACGCGCGAGAAGACCCAUACAAGCAAUAUUACGUACUGGUUGUGGACGAAACCGGGGAAAUAGGGUAUUAUCAGCGAAUGGGCGUUGGAGUAAUAGAGGCACACUGUAUUUCGAAGGAGAAGAGAGAUGGGAAGCUUGUUUGA